AUGACGCCAGCAGAGCUGUUCAUUUCAUCCAUGCUUCGAGAAGCCGACCUCAGAUCUUGCUUUGCGAGACGAAACCUGUUUCUUCCAUCACAAAAUCUUUUUGGUCUAAGCCUGAAAGAAAGACAUUAUCCACAACAACAGCAGCAAGUCAUCAACCGACCAUGGACAGCGUUCGAUUCCUCACCGAUCUUCCCAUUGCUCCCUUUCAGGAGCACCUUGCCAAAUGCCAACAACCCUUUGAGAAGUCGAUCUUGUAUUCCUCGGCCAAAGACGAAAAUUGUCGAUGAAGAUCUCCGCCAAAGCGUGUUCCGAGCCAUUACCGACCCAAAGCUGAUGGAUCUGGUGGACGCGAACAUUGUCUCUCAUCUCAACCAGACGGACCAGUCGUAUCAAUAUACCCUCUGUCGCAAUGAUAUCACCCACAUCAAGUAUGAGGAGGGAGGAUUCUUCCAGCGCCACAAGGAUUAUUUGAGCCUCACGUCCAACUUGAUUGAGGAGUUUACCUUGCUCGUGUGUGUGACUACUACUCCCUCAUCAUCAUCCGGUGACGCUCGAGAAGGCGGCGAGACGACGAUCCACGGUUUUGGAGGCACAUCCCAAACCUUUGCGACGGCGACGCCCGGCUCUGGGCUCUUGUUUCGAAAGGAUCUCGAGCAUGAAGGAUGUGUCUUGAAGAAGGGGACCAAACACAUUCUGACGGCCAAUCUCUGGGCCAUUCGAAAGCAGCAGUCCAGCCACGUCUUGCUCGUGACAUUUCCAAAUACGAAUGUCACAAAAGCCGUGAGUCCCAUGGAACGUGCCGCCAAUGCCUCCUCGAGCUAUGUGUUGCCAGUGGACAAUCUCACUGGAAUGCUCAAAGCACAUGUAGAGUGGGCCAAUCGCGCGGCGGAGCGAGAAGGCAAGGAUCCGCUAGCGGUGGUGACAUAUGAAUGCCAAGACUUUAGUCAUGAAGCGUUUGGAGUGGUGGUGAAGAUCUUCAAUCGCUGCUACGUGGAUGAGGAAGCCAUCGGGGAACACAAGGAAUGCUUGGGUUAUUUUGGUCCUUUUGAAGCCCACAAUCUUCUGGUCAAUUUGGCGGUUUUGGGUGAUCAGCACAACAAAAAUGAUGAUUCCUCCCCGUCCGCAAGAAGCACAAGGAAGCAUCGGAUGACGAUACCUUUGAUUCAGAUGAGUCCUGGCUUACGCAUCAAGUCACGGAGACGGAACCUCUGCAGUCGAGAUCCCCAUGACGGCGGCGGCUUGCCUCGUGGGAGACUACGACAAUAUUUUCUCAUCGAGCACUUGGCUAAGGCUGACCCGAGGCAGCUUCUGUCUGGGGAACCAUUCUUGCUCGACCGCAAGGAUUAUUUAAACAUUGGAUUGGGUCUCAAGGUUGCGUUUAACUACACAAACCAUGACAUGAAGGCACGAGUUUUGAAUGAGCUUCUUGGCGAACCGGGGAAACGCCCUGGUUGUGUUUGGUCCUGGGAGGACAACGUGAAGUACUUGCCUGGAGUCUCACCGCGGUCACCUGAUGGUGGCCUCUUCCAUCGCGAUUCCAAAGGAAAGAUUGCCUUCACCAGCAAGCAAGCAGAGGCCGCCAGCGAUUUCAUCUCCUCGCUUGAGUUGGACGAAUGCGUCAAGGCGUCGCUGCAGAAGAAACGAUUCGAACUCCCCCAGCAUCAAGGCAAUGUAAAUGCAAAUUUCUGCAACGAGGCUCUCUACGGAAAGUUGAACAUCCUUUGGGUUUGUGGAGCUCUGCGCCUAGAAGACAAGAAAGUGGCCGCGAAAAAGGAGGGCGAGAAAACAAAGGAGGGCGAGCACACAAAGGAGAGCGCCCCCAAUGUCACCGAGUUUGACGCUUGGCCACCUCGUUGGCAAAAGCUCGAGUCCGAAUAUACCAAGAAAUGGAUUGAUAAUCAUUCUGGUGACUACCGGGACUACUGA